AUGAAUCAAUUACCUGGCGACCCAUUUACACAGGAAAUUGAGCGGCUGAGAGCUGAUUACGAGGGGAAAAAAGCGCGGUCUAGCUUGGGUCCUGCGGGUGGCCGACGGAUAAUCGAUCUCAGUUUGGACUUGGUUGACGGUGUGUUCUGCUACACUUAUUGGUAUGAGCGCCAGUGCAUCCGGCUGGCUGAUAUUCCUGGCACCUUUUCUGGGAAUAUCCUCCGCCUACACCAAAAUCUCCCCGACUCAGUCAACGACGGUAAUUACGAGAUCAUCGGUGACGAAAUACGCCUCCUCGAGGAUGUGCCACCACUUCCAGAGCUAGACGAUGAUUCUGAGGAUCUUGAUACAACCCUUGCCUCGCUGCCAGUAGUCGAAGUCGAUUCCAGCAGACAUUUUGUCAAGAAAGGCAAAUAUAAAAGCGAGAUUGACAAUUUGCUCAAAUGCCAGGGUGGAUCCUGCCCGGGAGUGCCAAAAUCUUCUCACAUCAUUCAACUACUGGGAAAGUCACCAGAGGGGUGGUUGGUUUUUGACAAAUACAAGCCCCGAUACGUCUUAGGGUACAUUUAUCCGCUUUCUGUCUACAAAAACUGGAUUUUGCAGAUAGUUUCCGGGAUGAAGUGGCUUCAUUCCCUUGGGAUUGUUCAUCGUGAUCUCCGCAUAGACAACAUUGUCUUCUCCUCUGAUACAUCUCGCGUGCUUAUCUGCGAUCUGGAGAGCCGUUGGGGAAAUCGACUGGCUCCGGAGAUUUCUCGCGAGCCGGUGUUGGACGCUGGCUGGACUGAGAAAUCGGACAUCUAUGAUCUCGGCUAUCUUAUAAAAGGCAUGAUAUAUGGAAAUGUCCCGAUAACGAUGGCGGUGGAAUGGCUUGUUCCCCCUCCUUUAACUGCUGUUGUGGAAGCUUGUACUUGCAAUAAACCCGAAGAACGCCCCAGUUUGGAUGAUGUUUACGCUAUGGUUGAUAAUAUCAAGGUUGCUACUUAA